AUGGCUAAGAGGACAGGAUCUGGUGGGACGGCCGAUGGGCAUGUGGAGAAGAAAGCGGCGAGACCGAUGUCUAAGACGCACGCCCGUGCGAUUGUGAACUCGGUGGACGAUCACAAGCAUCUGUACGUGUCUGUGAAGCCGCUGGAUAUAUUCUGCUGGGGCACAGGGUCGAUGUGUGAGUUGGGUCUGGGCCCCCUUGCUAAGAACAAAGAGGUGAAGAGACCACGGUUGAAUUCGUUUUUGGAAGGCGCUGAGAUUGUAUCGUUUGCUGUUGGUGGGAUGCAUACAGUUGCUGUUGAUGCGAAGGGCGGUGUUUGGACGUGGGGGUGCAACGAUGUGUGUGCCCUUGGGAGGGACACCUCUGGCGCGAAGGAAAUGUUGAAGGAUAUGGACGAUGCGGACGCGGAUGACGACGACGACGGUGAUUUGAACGAGUUGGAGUCCACACCUACGAAGUUGGACAGUUCUUUGUUCCAGCCUUUGGCCGAAGGGCACAAAGUUGCACAAGUGGUGGCCACUGAUAACUUGACGUGUAUCUUGUUCACGAACGGUGCCGUUUACGCGUGGGGCACAUUCCGUUCCAAUGAGGGGAUCCUUGGGUUCUACAAGGAGGACAUAAAGAUCCAGAGUACACCGUGGGAGAUACCCAUUUUUUCCAAAUUCAAGAUCGUCCAGAUGGCCGGUGGUAAAGACCAUGUGAUAUUUUUGGACGAGGCGGGCGUUGUGUUCACUUGGGGGAACGGACAACAGUACCAGCUGGGUCGUAAAGUGAUGGAUCGGUACAAGGAGAGGACUCUAGACCCGCGGCCCAUUGGGUUGAAGCACGUCAAAUACGUGGCCACUGGCGAGAACCACUGUUUUGCACUGAAGACGGACGGCACGCUUGUCAGCUGGGGGUUGAACCAGUUUGGACAGUGUGGUGUAUCCCGUGAGAUCCGCGACGGUGGGUUAGUGACGAAACCUACAAGAGUGAUCUCACUCCCACCCGAUCGCAAAAUCAAAUGCGUCACCGGUGGUGAACACCACAGCAUAUUUGUGAUGGACGAUGGGAGUAUGUACACAUGCGGGAGAUUGGACAUGUGUGAAGUUGGGAUUAGUAAAGAGACCGCUCCCGAGCCAAACCGGUACACUGACGAACACGGACGUAUCCGUGCGCUCCCUGUCCCUACACAAUUACCCAGUGACAUCAAGUACAAGACCGCCACGGCUGGAUCGCACCACUCUGUGGCCGUAUCGAGAGACGGGAAGAUGUACUCCUGGGGGUUUGCUGAGACGUACGCUGUUGGUCUCGGUCCCAACGAGGAUGACGACGUGGAGGUACCCACAGCUAUAGAAAAUACCGCAACACGGGACGUGGAGAUUGUCUUUGUUGGCUGUGGUGGGCAGUUCUCUGUCGCUGGCGGUAUUGCCAAGAGAUCGGCAUAG